CAGUGCCGAGAGGGUCCGCAGCACCUCCGAACAUGCGUCCCGGGGAGCGGCUCUGCGUCCUGCUCUGGCUGGCGUCUCUGAGCUCGGCGGCUGCAGAUUACCAAGUGAGACACGUCCAGUGGAUUACGCCCACAACCGGGGGCACAAAUGGAGCCACUAAAAUCACCAUAUUUGGACAAGGAUUCGCUCAGGCCAACCAGUUUAACUAUGGCCCAGGAAAAGAGAACCUUGGGAACAGCAUCCAGAUGGUUUCAAACACACGAACGAUCCCCUGUGAUGUGGUAAAACAAGAGAGUUACUCGAAGCAAAUCAUGUGUUACACCAGGAGCAUGCCUGAGGAUAACUACAUGGUACAAGUCAGUGUGGACGGAGAGCUGAUUUCAGACUUCAGUUCAUGGUUUUAUUCCAGAAGUUCUCAGACUCCAGUGGUUCAGACCAUCACACCUUUAACCGGAUUUCCAGGGACACUGAUUACAAUAAGAGCGAUGAUGUUUACAGAUGUAUAUGGCGGCACUUCUCUAAAUUCCAAUGGCAACUCUGCCAAGAUUUCAAGAGUCUACAUUGGAGGAAUGACAUGUGACCUUCUGUACCCGAACUCUGACAAACGAUAUGGAAUUUCUCUGGACUACCAGUGGAGCCAAUGGGGCACAAUGACUUGCAGAAUAACAGGAACUUAUGUGGGCCACCAAAAUGUCAGCUUCAUUGUAGAUGGUCCAUAUGGGAGGAGUGUAUCAGACAUGGGCACCUACUUUGUUUCAUCUGCAAAUAAACUGGCGAUGCUUCAGACAUGUGCAGUGGUCACCAGCAUAUCACCAUCAGUCGGAAGCUCAGAAGGAGGCGCUAUACUUACCAUAAGCGGCCAGUACUUUGAUCAGACGGACGCCCCUGCCAGAGUGUUAGUCGGAGGUCAGAAUUGUCCCAUCCUCAGCGUAUCUGACAAGCAGAUCACCUGCCGAAGCCCCGCUCAGCCGAAUGACAACAGGACCGUCUUUGCAGGUGGAAGGGGCCUGAAAUUGGAAGUCUGGAAUAAAACCACUCCACAAAAUCUGGAAGACAUCAUGGCGUACAAUGAGAGCACACCCGGCUAUUACACCUUGUGGCUGGAUUCGAGCACUUACAGCUGGAGUUACAACUCGGACAAUUUUGCUCUGCGCCUUAGUGGCUUCUACGUCCCCAUGGUUACCGAUGAUUACAGAUUCUACCUGAGUGGUGCUAAUCUUGCGGCUCUUUAUCUCAGCCAAACUGGGCUUCCCAAAGAUAAGGUAGGAAUGAUUUACACGAAUGAAUGCAAAAAAAUGCUCCAUGAGCUGUUCAAGUCCAAAGUGACCAGCGUUCAGAUUAUCUCUUCAUACUCGUGGGUUUACACACAGGCUUCAAGCAACAUCCAUCUUGAGGAAGACAAAGAGUACUACUUUGAAAUAUUACUCCAAAGAAUGUCUUACUACAGCUCAAACUCUUUGAAAUUACAAAUCUAUCAAACAAAAACUUCUUUUACGCCACAGCAGACCAGAGAAGCCCAGAAUGAAGUGCAAGUCAUCGGCACCUCCUACAGUUUCUUUAGUGAAGUGCAGGAAUUCUGCUUAAACAACUGGAACACACAAACCCCAAUACAAGAAGUCCAGCAGAUUGUUGUGGAGAGCCCCUGCAUCAGUUCGGGGGACUGUUCGGCCGUUCAGUUCAGCCUUCUCUAUAACAACGAAGCAACAGAACCCAUUGCUAUUGGAGCUUCGAGUGACGAGGUCGAGAUGGCUUUAAAUGCUCUGCCCUCCAUCCAGAAUGAUGAUGUUAGCGUGACAAAGACGGACAGCACCAAUGGCUCCAUUUACACAGUGACGUUUAAUUCAACCCGAGGAGAGUUUGAUGUUCUACAGUACGACACAGCUGGUAACGACAUCAACAUUGAGAUUUCCGAAAUAACCAAAGGAAGCCCCAAAUUUGACACGUUUACAUUGAUGUGGAAUGGCGUCUCUUCCAGUCCACUCUCAGUCACUGCCACCCCUGAUGAGGUGAGAAAAGAAAUUUAUGACAUGGCUGGCACCAAGUGUCCAAGGAGCAUAAAUGGGUACACUGAAGGAGAAUCUGUAAAGUACUUUCAAGAUUUUGAAACAAAUUAUUAUUGGACUUGGUACUAUGUGUACUAUUCUCGCGUGUCUGACAGAGAGGCCUUCUGCGGCCAUUUCAGUGCUUUGAGCCCCGGCACCUUAUUUCACCAGAAUCAAUGGUCCAGCACUGGGCAACAAUACGGGCAAAUCUCACUAAAUAUUCAUAAUAUGCUGUGCUUUGCAUAUAAAGGAUUUCUAAGCAGCUCCAUCGGCCUGAGCUUCUCUGUCGUUAAGAAGAAGCAAACGUACAGCUAUCAGAACCAGUUUGACAUUGGAAUUGUUCAAGCAGACGAAUGGCAGUACACUUGCAUUGAUAUGCAGCAACUUUUAAUGGCUUCUUACCCUGGGACUGAUUAUAAUGUUCAGCAAAUUACACUCAACCGGCUGAGUCCAAAUCAGGAUUAUUUAAUUGACACCGUCUACAUCGGCAGCGACUACACUGUAACUAAUAUGCAAGACCUAAACCUGAGGCGCUCAGCUCUCAUCGGAAGAGGAAUCUUUCUGCAGGACUUUUCCGUAAUUAAGAAGCAAGGCACAAAGACUUCAGAGAGCUGUUACAGUGUCACCCUAUUUCCAAUGAACUGUGGAUAUGACUUCCCCUUGAUUGGAAUUAGAUUUGCCCAGAAUAUUUCAGGUGAUGGUGAGAAUGAAAUUGUCUACCAAGGUUCCAACUGGAAUAACCUGACUACAUUCACGGUGACAAGAGUCCAGGCGGCGUCAUCUCCGAUCAUGGGCUCCUUUGGUGUGAGCAUCUAUGGUCAAAAAAUUAACAAUCUCCCAGUGAACAUUUCAGCUGCCUAUCUGAAGUAUGCCCUGGAGCGCAUCCCAGGUAUGGGACAAUUAGAAGUCUCAGGAUGGGGCGACUGUCGAGGGUAUGGAUGGAGAGUGACUUGGCUGAGUGCUCCUGGCAAACAACCUGUACUCCAGAUUAACAGCUCCUCAGUCAUUGGGAAGAACGCCUAUCUGUACGCUUAUAGUGAAAGAGAAGGAGGCUUAUUUAAGCAGAAUGUUUUAGCAGAUUUCUUCCGUGUGCCUCAUCGAAAGCCUCAGGUUCAAGUUUAUAUCAAUAACAUCAUCUCUAUGUGUUCGGGUAACUGUUCUUAUCAAUGGGAUCCACUGAAGACUCCGGUUAUAUCUGGAAUAAGCCCCACAACAGGAUUUUCAGUAUCAGAUACCAUUCUGACGGUGACAGGUUCCAGGUUUACAAGUCAAUCAGCCAAUGGGAAGCCAUCUGUUUCUGUUGGCAGCCGUGCCUGUUUCAUUGUCACUUUAAGUGACACUCAGAUCACCUGCAGAAUUGGAAAUACAACCUCUGGCUCGGCUCCGGUCACAGUCCACGUGCCAGGUGUUGGCUUUGCUAAGAAUUCCUUCAACUUCACCAUCCUACCUGGAGGAUCGUUCACAUUUGCACCUCCAUCCGGCAGCACAGCAGGUGGGACUGUGCUCACGAUAUCAGGCUAUGGAUUCAGUGAAAACUCCGCCAUCAGCAUCAAUAAUAAGCUCUGCCCCGUCUUGAGUGUAAACCUGAACAGCCUCCAGUGCACAACUCCAGCGGAUGCCGCCGGCUCCUAUAAUGUGACUGUGACAGUGGAGGGAGUGGACAUCACCCUCAGUGCUUUCUUCACAUACGAUACGGCAGUGACACCCGCCAUCACACAAAUACGUCCAGCCAGCUUUUUCGCAAUUGAAAGAACCAAUCUCACAAUUUCAGGAAGCAAUUUCCAGACCUGGGACCCCCAAAGCUCGGUGUUGAUCGACAAAGCAGAGUGCAGCAUAAUGAAAUGGACAGAUUCUGAAAUUAUUUGCUUACUACCAGUCCUCCUACCAGGGCUGCAUAAUAUCCAAGUAAAAGUCAAAAACUGGGGAUUUGCCAGCGCCAGCUCUAACAUCGUGACCACCAUUGAGUACGUCCUACAAGUCACCAGCGUACGGCCACUUAGUGGCUCCGUCUAUGGCGGCACCAAGCUGACUCUCACUGGGUCAGGGUUCGGCACAAAUCCUGAUGACAUCCAAGUUUUAUUAGGACAACGGGGAUGCAGUGUCACCGACGUGACCCAGGAUCAGCUGGAGUGUGUGGUGCAGGCACCUGGAAAAGUGUACACAGUGACCAACCUGGGCUCAGAUCUAGGUAUGGAUUUCGGCUACGCUUGGGCUCCAUCAUCUUUGGAUGUCUUUGUUGGAGACAAGGUUCAAUGGCAGUGGCAGGCUCAAUCCUUCAUUGUUGGCAUUGGCUAUCGGGUUUUCAGCGUCUCCAAUCCCGGCGACACCACCUUUGGCGGCCAAGGAUUUAACAGUGGGCCGAACAGAUCUCCAUCAGGCUUUUUCACGUAUGAGUUUACUGUCCCUGGCGUAUAUUUCUACAGCAGUGGCUAUAUAGAUAACGCUCAAACUAUAGCCAUGCAAGGAGUGGUCACAGUUAAUCCCCUACCAGAUGACCAGGAAAAUAUUUUCAUCUCAGUUCUUGAAAUAGAAGCAAGCUUCAAGCCAAGUUCCUCUCCUUUUCCAAUGGAUGUUGAUAACUGCUCUGCUGAGCCCCUGGACUGCAGUCUGCCUUCCUUUUCCAAUUCAAGUGAGGAUGCCUUCAUAUUCCAGUUUUCCAGCUGUGAGUCUCCGACAGUAACUGCCAUCAGGCCCUCCAGCGGAACGAUCCACGAUGUGUUAAACAUUGAGGGAACGGGAUUCAGCAGCACCAUCUGUGCCAAUGAAGUCACCAUUGGAGGUCACCCAUGUGAGGUCAUCAACAGCACAUUCACAGAAAUCAACUGUUAUGUCAAUCCAGAAGACAUUCUUCCAGUGGGUUUUGCAGAACUUGUGUCCGUGACUGUGAAUAACCGGGGCAAUGCCAUCAGCAGAAUCGUCAAUGAGUUUGAUUGUCGAUUCGUUUUGUUACCAACUGUCGAUUCAAUCAGCCCCAGUGCGGGGUCCACCACAGGAAACACAAGGGUGACGAUACUCGGGUCCGGGUUUUCAGGCUCUGUGAGCGUCACUGUGGUCGGCAUGCCCUGCUCAAUUGUGUCGUUUAGCUACACAAGUAUCAUCUGUGAUACGGCGCCCUCUGCUGAAAGUGCAGGGAACGUUCAGCUAUCAGUGAAUGGCAUCCCCGCUGCCUGUUAUUCGGACUGCAAGUUCCAUUACACAGAUUCCUCCCUUCCACAGGUAGACAGCGUCUCACCGGACACAGUAGACAGCAGCUCUGCAGUCCUUUCUAUUAACGGAACAGGCUUUGGGAGCGACCCAGAGGAUGUGCUCAUUUUAAUUGGAGACUUCACUUUUCAUCCAAGUCAGGUCACAGAAACAGAAAUCACCUGUCCCAUUGGGCCACUGCCGGCUGGAAGUUACAUUUUAAAUGUUGUGGUGAUGAGCAAAGGCCUAGCCUCUGGAAACAUUGCCAUAUUCAGCCUUGCGACUGCUACGCUGUCACCGAAUUCUGGAAGUAUCCUCGGUGGGACGACACUCCUCAUUACUGGGAAUGGGUUUUACCCUAACUACACCACAGUGACAGUAGGGGGCAUCCCCUGUGCCAUCACUAAUAUAACAACGAGUGAAGUGAAAUGUACAACCGCAGCCAACAACCAAGGAAACGCAACUGUGAACAUCCAAGUCCUGUCAAUCGUCUACCCGCCAUUAUACUUCAUGUACUCUAUGGACAGCACUCCGGUAAUCAGCUCAGUGGACCCAUCAACAGGAUCAAGUGGAACGACCAUUUCCAUUUCUGGCUCUGGGUUUGGCACAGUGGCAGAUGACAUUGUUGUGACCAUCGGUGGCUCUCCAUGUGCUCUUCUGGAAGUCAAUGACACUGAAGUCCAGUGCAUUUUGGGCAGCCAUUCGGGAGGCUCCUUUGCAAUCACACUUCUCCAUUUGACGAAGGGAUAUGCCACGUCAACCGUUUCCUUCACCUAUAUACUCGACCUGAAAUCUGUCACCCCAAGUCAAGGAAGCUUUGGAGGCGGAGCCAUUCUGCAGUUGAGCGGCGAUGGAUUUGACGAGCAGCUGUCGACCGUCUUUGUGUGUAACACUUCGUGCGUCGUGGACUCGCUCAAGUCUUCGUCUGCCACUCUGUACUGCGAGGUGCCACUUUCUAAUGGCACAGGAUCGAGCCAGGUUUGUGACGUGACAGUUUACAUUGGCAAUAAUUUGGUGACCUUGUCAAAUGCCUUCACUUACGAGUCAGCGCUGACCCCUGUUGUUACUGCCGUGACUCCAAGAAGAGGUGGCACUGGAGGCGGCACAAGUCUCACCAUCACCGGCUCUGGAUUUGGUUCCGACAUUGAUAACGUCGUGGUCACUAUCGCCAAAACGUCAUGUAAUGUAACAUACGUAAAUGAAACGGAGAUCAUCUGCAUCACCGAUGCCCAACCCCAGUCUCAGAGAACCAAAGUUAAGGUGAACGUCGGCAGCAAUGGAAUCGCAAAACUGGACAACGCUGAUUUCUUUUACAUUGAUGUCUGGUCCUCUCCAUACACAUGGGGUGGAGAAACGCCACCGGACAAUGGAUCUUUUGCUGUCAUUACACCAGGACAGACCAUCUUACUGGACACCAGCACAGCCAUCCUAAAAAUGCUUCUCAUUCAAGGUGGAACCCUGGUGUUUGAUGAGGUAGACCUCGAGCUGAAUGCUGAAAAUAUCCUAAUUGUGGAUGGAGGCACACUGCAGGUUGGAACUGAACAAGCGCCAUUUCAGCACAAGGCGAUCAUCACCCUGUAUGGCCACCUCCGCUCUCCUGAACUCCCGCUCUAUGGGGCCAAGACGCUGGCCAUCAGAGAAGGGACGCUGGACCUCCACGGUACACCCGUUCCAUUCACUUGGACCCGACUGGCUAAAACUGCAGAGGCCGGCUCGACCAUCGUGGAGCUCCAGAAUCCUGUAACAUGGAAAGCUGGUGAUGAAAUUGUCAUUGCAUCCACUGGGGACAGGCUGAGCCAGAAUGAAAACGAGCUGAUGGUAAUUGAGUCCAUAUCCUCAGAUGGAACAACGGUGAAUCUGACCAACCCUCUCAUGUAUAGACAUUUAGGAGUUUCUGUCAGAACAUCAGACGAACAACAUUUUGAAGCGAGAGCAGAAGUUGGACUUUUAACUCGUAACAUUGUCAUCCGAGGCUCUGGAAAUGUUGAGUGGGAAGACACCAUACCAGCUUGUCCUGAUGGAUUUGAUCCUGGUGAAUUUGCUGUGCAGACCUGUUUUCAGGGAAGAUAUGGUGACCAAGUUGGCAGCGACCAGUUUGGUGGGUGCAUCAUGUUCAGCACACCUCAGCCUAAUCAGACCUCGGCCAUUGGUAGAAUUGAAUACGUGGAAGUAUUUCAUGCUGGACAAGCCUUCAGACUUGGACGCUACCCCAUAAACUGGCACCUCAUGGGAGACCUUAACUUCACCUCUUAUGUCAGAGGCUGCAGCAUUCACCAGACGUAUAACAGAGCAGUCGCUAUGUACAAGACCUCUAAUCUCUUAGUCGAGAGAAACGUCAUCUACGACAUCAUGGGAGGAGCGCUUAUCUUUGAAGAUGGCAGCGAGACAGGAAAUGUCCUUCAGUACAACCUGGCAGUGUUUGUGAUGCAGAGUACCAGUCUCUUGAACGACGAUAUCACACCGGCUGCCUUCUGGAUAAGCAAUCCCAACAACACAAUUCGGCACAACGCAGUAGCUGGAGGAAGUCAUAUUGGCUUCUGGUAUCGACUUCAAGACAGCAUCACUGGAGAACUGCGUGACGCUAACAUUUGUGAGAAAAAUGAGAUACUAGGACAGUUUUAUAACAACUCCGUUCACUCUCAAGGCUGGUAUGGAUUGUGGAUUUUUGAACAAUAUUACCCAAUGCAGCAAGGGUACUGCAACUGGAAUAACCCCCAGCCAGCUGUUUUUGACUCUCUGAUGACUUGGAAUUGUCUGAAAGGAGCCGAGUGGCUCAACGCCGGAGCACUGCAGUUCAAGAAUUUCCUGAUGGUGAAUAACGAACUUGCUGGAAUUGAAAUGAAACGACUUCAAACUAGCUAUGUUACUGGGUGGGGUGAAGCGGGUGGUGCCAUGAUCAUGAAUGCCACUGUGAUUGGUCACUUGGAUGAACUCGGCCUUCUGCCCAGCAACUGCACUCAGAGGGGAAUUGUACUUCCAUUAGAUGAUGGACUGACUGUCGCAGGAAUUAAAUUUAUCAACUUUGACCGCUCAAGCUGUACUGCCAUUGGCUUCUCAAGUUGUGGUUACACCAACUGUGGAGGCUGGAGAGUUAAAUUUAGUGGAGUUCAGUAUUUUAAUACCACCAACAAGGCCGGCUUCACAUGGGAGCAUGAAGCAGCUCUCAUUGACACUGACGGGUCUCUUACAGGACAUGCUAAUAACACGGUGAUACCUUACAGCGCCCUGCUAGACCCUUCUCACUGUCAGCUUCAAGUGCCGGAGUGGAGCGUGGGCUACAAUGGCUCAGUCUGUGACUCCACCAUCUCCUUCCAUCGUUUGACCUUUUGGACAUACUGGUAUUUAUCAAUACCAGUGCUCCUGUCUGACUCAUUUGGUACCAGUAUAGUUUACGGCUUGGCGCUCAUUCCUGAUGGGCAAACCUUUAACUGGACCUUUCAGAAUUUCCCAAUUUUAGGACCCACCAACACCUGGUUGUAUUGGGCAACAUUCUAUGGAUUUAAGGAAUCCAGUUUUGUCAUCAUCAGACACCAAUGUGCCCAGAAUUAUGAAGGCUAUAACAUCAUUGAUAACAGGAAGGGCCUGACCCAGCCUUUGAACCAGAGCAGUAUGAAUGGAGACUGGUACUUUGACAACAAUACAUCCACCAUGGAAUACAUAAUUUCAGGAAAUGCAAACUCAUGGUACUGGUAUAACUCAAAUUUGGAUCCUUCGGAAAAGAACAUAAAUAUGUACUUCAUCAUUUAUCAAUGCUACUUCACAAGCUGUUACUCAGGAGGAGGAGGAGGAGGAGGAGGAGGAGGAGUAGUAGGAGGAGGAGGAGGAGAAGGAGGAGGUGGAGGCGGAGGAGGCGAAGGAGGAGGAGGAGGAGGAGGAGGAGAAGGAGGAGGAGAAGGCGGUGUGGUGAUGACUACAACAGCCCCACCCCCAAGAACGAGUGGAAUUACCCUUUGGUCCAACACUACUUUCUGGUUGACUUCAGCAGAAAACAAUUAUGCCGUCCCAGUAGAUGGUUCCAAUGUGGUGAUUCCGAGAGGAUGGUUGGUGGUAAUCGACAUUGACAUCCCCACGCUAAGCAAACUGAGUGUCUACGGCACACUGGAAGUGCCAACCAACAUGUCGAAAUACGCAUUGUGGGCUACAAAUGCAACGCUGCCAACAGAUAACAACAACAGGACCGUCAUCAUCAGGACCACCUACCUACAUAUUCAGGGUGGUACGUUGCUUGUGGGUCAACCAGAUGAACCCUUUCAAGGUGAACUUCAGAUCAUUUUUAGAGGAAACAUGCUGACACCAGACUGGCUUUUGCCAGAAGGCUUUUACCUUGGAGCAAAGGUUCUGGAGGUUUUGGGAACCCUAGACCUCCAUGGCAAGCCUCACUCCAUAUACCGGACAAAACUGGCCAUGACAGCAGAUGCCGGAUCCACAUCAAUUUCUCUGGCUGACGCGGUCGAUUGGCAGGUCGGAGACGACAUUCUGAUUACCACAACCAGCUACGACCCCAGGCAGGCCGAAACAAGGCAGAUCGUCGCCAUUUCAGAGGAUAUGAAGACCCUGAUCCUCAACGAUUCGCUCUCCUAUGCACACAUCGCUGAAACCUAUUAUAUAAAUGAAACAAAUCAGCAGUAUACCCUGGCAGCGGACGUCGGACUUCUCAGUCGAAACAUCAAGAUCAUUAGUGAAGAUUACCCGGGCUGGUACCAGGAGUCAUAUGGAGCUAGAGUGCUUGUUCGCUCAGGAGCCGCAAGACUCAGCAAUGUUGAGUUCUAUCACACGGGACAGAAUGGAUACGUAUCCAACAGUGACCCCCGAUAUUCAGUGGUUUUCAUGAAUAUGGGGGAGAUUUCUGAAAACAUUACAUCUUACAUCCAAGGCUGCUCUUUCCACCAAGGGUUUUCACCAGCUAUUGGCAUCUUUGGAACCAACAAACUGAGUGUGGAUGACAACAUCAUUUAUUUCACUGUCGGCCAAGGUAUUCUUGAUCAGGGAAUUGGGAGCAAAAUUCGAAGAAACCUUGUGGCUUUGACUGUGUGGCCGGGAUCAUACCAGGGAAAAAAGACAGCGACUUACACCCUGUGGCAUGCAGCCAUUGAGAUUAACCAGGGAGCCGACACUGUGCUGCAGGACAACAUUGUGAGCGGUUUUGAGAGAAGCGGAUAUCGCAUUAAUGGAGAGCCGUGUCCAGGCACUUUCAAUCCAGCUGAGACCUGGAGCAACAAUGAGGCCCACGGAGGCCUGUAUGGGGUCUACUUGAAUGGAGACGGCCUACCAGAUUGCACCUUCAUCCAAGGAUUCACUGUCUGGAAAUGCUGGGAUUAUGGAAUUUACUUCCAGACAUACAUGAAUGUGCAGAUCUCCAAUGUAACAUUAGUGGACAAUGGAAUGGGCAUCAUGCCUAUGAGUUACACUCCACCCGCCGUGUCUCACCAAUAUUCUAAUAAGACCAUACAGAUCGAGAACUCCCUAUUUGUGGGAAGCAGUCCGGACUUUAAUUGUUCAGAUGUUCUUACAGCCAGUAAUAUAAAUAUUCAGUACACAGCGGGACAGAGGAGCCCAAGACCACUUCAAGGUGGCAGAAGUGCAGUUGGUUGGCCGACUUUUGCUUCACAGUAUAAUGGAGCGCCUUCUAUGCCUCAUGCUGGCUUGACAAGCUACACUGCUAUUAGUGGACUUGUGACAAUUAAAGACUCUACAUUUGCUGGCUUUAGAAAUGUCUGUUCUGGACAGAUAAACGUCAUGUUCAUUACCAAUCCUAACAACGAGGACCUGCAGCAUCCAAUACACGUAAUGGGGAUUCAAGUCAUCAACAGCACUGAAAACGCCGUCGCCUUCGUACACCGACCUGAACUCAGUCUGGUGAACCCCUCUAAGUGCGUUGAUAUGACUUGUGAUGCGAAAAGGAAAACCCUGCUGAAAGACCUGGACGGAUCCUUACUGGGCCAGAGUGGGACAGUCGUUCCCCAGUCUGAGUACCAGUGGGCCGGCGAUACCCGCUAUGGUCUUGGGGACUACAGAAUUCCAAAAGUCAUGCUGACCUACCUGAAUGGCAGUCGGAUUCCUAUUAAUGAAAUCGCACCAAAUAAAGGUGUAAUCAGAGACCCCAGUUGCACUUACAUGCCAAGCUGGCAAAGCUACAAGUGCUUCACUCUUGACUAUGAGAUGCUGGUGAUCGAAAGUCUUGACAGUGACACGGAGACCCGGCGACUCUCUCCGGUGGCAGUGCUUGCAGACGGCUAUGUGGACCUGCUCAAUGGUCCCGCAGAUCACAGCUGGUGUACGGGUUACAGCUGCCGCCGAAGGCUUUCGACGUUCCACACCAUUGUGGCCACCAACAAAUCAUUUUCGGUUUACUUCACAAGCACCUCUCCCCAGUCUCUUCGACUGAUGCUGCUAAAUGCUGAUAACUCCAAGGCUGUACGUGUAUCAAUAUUUUACUCGAAUCCUCAGCGCUUAGACGUUUACGCCAAUGAUCUACUGGUUGCUCCGACAAAUGCAGUAUGGAACAGCAAUCACUCUGAUUACACUCUCAGCUCCCCGACUUAUCCUGAUCAGUUUGUUCCUCAAAUGAAUUCCACGAUUUCUGGAUCAAAUUACUUUGACAGCGACUACAAAAUGCUAAAUAUUUUAGUCCGAGGCUCGACUCCCAUUGUGGUCCGCACAUCACCACUUCUCUUCAUUUCAUUCAAUAUGCCCUUCAUGACUGUUGAUGAAUUUUUUGGUCCAAACCUUAUUAAAAAUUUAGCUGCCUUCCUGAAGAUCCCUACAAGCAAGAUACGCAUCACCAAAAUAGUCCGAGCGAGCAGCCGGCGAAAGCGUGAAACUGGGAUGAACGUGGAGGUGCAGAUAGCAGAGCCGCCGAGUCAACAGGCCACUCAGACGCCAACUGCAGGGCAACUACAAGUUCAAGAUCUGGUAAAGUUUGCGAAUACUGUUGGACAGAUGGCCAUUGCUGGAAACCUCAGUGCAGUAGUUGGGUAUAAUGUCUCAUCUAUUAGCAUCAAGGGGCCACCACCGACUCCAGGUACCGCUGCAUGGGCUGAGGUAGGUGACGAUCACAAUAAACCCCCCCUUUUAUUACUGGACAACAAAGGCAGUUGCAGAGGAUUUUUUUUCUUUAAAACAUGUUUUAAGAAAGCCAAAGGAGAUAAUCCUUCAUUGUUUCUUCACCAAUGUCUAAACGUAAAGACAGGCAAAGUGGGACAACAGAUGACCAAGCUGACUCAGGGUCUCAACACCAUCUUUGCUCCAACUGUCCCUUACUGA